GCGCGGCGGGGGCGGGGCCGCAGCUGCGUGACACUUGUCGCGGGGGAGGGCGAGCCCCGGUGCGGGGGAGGGAGUGUAAAUACAGCGAAGGCGGCUCGGUGUCAGCCCCGCCACCACCGGGCGUCUGGCGCGGAGUCUGAGGGAGAUGGAAGCUCAGCAAGAGCAACGGCGCAGAAAGGUGGAGGCCGGGAGGGCGAAGCUUGCUCACUUCCGACAGAGAAAAACCAAAGGCGACUGUGCGCAUUCGGAGAAAAAGACGGCGAAGAGGAAGGGCUCGGCUGUCGAUGCGCCUGUCCAGGAGGAGAGUCCGGUAGCCAAGGACGACAGCGAAGUCCGUGGAGGAGGGGACGUUUACAAAAGCCCAUCAUGUGACCGCACCCCUGAUGGGACAGGAGGGGCCUUUGCAGCUCAGCUGGAGGACUGUGAUGGAGAGAAGAGAGAGGACUUGGAACAGCUGCACCACCAUUCUGGAUGGUGGAACAUUGACCACCAUCCGGAGCAGCAUGGGGUCAUCACCGUCAGUGACCACCAUCCGGAGCAGUGUGGGGUCGUCACCGUCAGUGACCACCAUCCGGAGCAGCGUGAGGUCGUCACCGUCAGUGACCACCAUCCGGAGCAGCGUGGGGUCGUCAGAGUCAGUGACCACCAUCCAGGACAGCGUGGGGUCAUCACAGUCAGUGACCACCAUCUGGAGCAGCGUGGGGUCAUCACAAAGGAGUGUGAACAAGAAUGUGAACUUGCCAUUGCUGACAUGGAGAGCUGGCGUGAAGAUGAGGCUGGCCCGCAGCAGAGUCAGGCGGUGCACGGCCUUGAACUGGAGGCGCUUCGCCUCAGCCUGAGCAACAUGCACGCGGCGCAGCUGGAGCUGACGCAGGCCAACCUCCAGAAGGAGAAGGAGACGGCACUGACGGAGCUGCGGGAGAUGCUCAACAGCCGGCGUGCCCAGGAGCUGGCCCUGCUGCAGAGCCGGCAGCAGCACGAGCUGGAUCUCCUCCGGGAGCAGCAUGCACGGGAGAAGGAGGAGGUGGCGCUCAGGUGUGGACAGGAAGCAGCCGAGCUGAAGGAGAAAUUACAAUCAGAAAUGGAGAAAAACGCCCAGAUAAUAAAGUCCCUGAAGGAAGAUUGGGAAUCUGAAAAAGAUUUAUGUUUAGAAAACCUACGCAAAGAAUUGUCUGCAAAGCAUCAGUCAGAAAUGAAGGAUUUACAAAACCAGUUUCAGAAAGAAUUGGCAGAACAGAAAGUUGAGUUGGAGAAGAUUUUUCAAGACAAAAAGCAGGCUGAAUGGGCCCUUAGGAACCUGGAGAGUCAACAUCAAGCAGCCAUUGAAAAGUUACGUGAAGACCUGCAGUCCGAGCAUUGCCGGUAUUUAGAAGACUUGGAGUUAAAGUUCAAAGAAAAUGAAAAAGAAAAACAGCUGGAGUUAGAGAAUCUUCAGGCAUCAUAUGAAGACCUGAAGGCCCAGUCACAAGAAGAGAUCAGGCACCUGUGGUCCCAGCUUGGUUCUGCGAGGACCAGCAGACAGGAACUCAGUGGGUUACACGAGCAGCUCCUGGCACGCGCCUCUCACGUGGAAGAUUUGGAACAGCUGAAGCAAGGCUUUGAACAGCAGCAACAGCAAGCAAAAAUCCAGCAUGAGUCCGAACUGGAGCAUCUGAGGAUUUAUUUUGAAAAGAAGUUAAGGGAUGCUGAAAAAACUUACCAAGAAGACCUAACCCUGUUACAGCAGAGGCUGCAGGGGGCGAGGGAAGAUGCUCUUCUUGAUUCUGUGGAAGUCAGUUCAUCCGGCAUGGGUUUCGAAGAGACACCUGAGACAGAAAGAAAAGAUCACCUGGAUAAACGCGAGCCUGAGCGACAUAAGGAGAGCCUGCUGUGUGUCCAGGUGGAGUUGGAAGAAAGCCACAGGCACCAGUUGGAAGCGCUGGAGUCAGCUCUCUGCAUCCAGCACAAGCGGCAUGUCUCAGACAGAAGCCAUGCGGAGGCUGCCCCGUUGGGACAGGCGUGGCGUCAGAAGCCCUCUGAAGGGCACAGCCAAGAGCUCCCCUGGGUACAUCUCCAGGACGGGGCCGUGGAGUCUGACACAGAGGUGGCAGCCAGAGACUUGGGUCUGGAAACAGAGCACAAGGUUAAACUUUCUCUUCUUCAUACUGAGCUCAAAGAAGAAAUUGAACUCCUAAAAAUAGAAAAUAGGAAUUUGUAUGAGAAGCUGCAGCAUGAAAUCCGUCUGAAGGAGGACUUGGAAAAGGUAAAGCACAGUUUAGUUGAAGACCACCAGAAAGAACUAAAUAAUGCUAUGCAAAAGAUUCAGCUGAUGAAACAGGAAUCCAAAAAAAAAGAAGUGGACUGGAAAGUUACAAGGGAGGAGCUACAGCAGGAAGCUGAGGAGAAAUUAACAUUGAUGCUUCUUGAACUAAGAGAAAAGGCUGAAUCUGAGAAACAGUCCAUGGUAAACAAGUUUGAGCUUCGAGAAGCUGAAAUGAGGCAGCUUCAGGACCAGCAGGCAGCCCAGAUCCUGGAUCUGGAGAGGUCCUUGACAGAGCAGCAGGGCCGCCUGCAGCAGCUGGAACAGGAGCUCAUGGCAGACGAAGCCCUGCGCUGCAGCCGUUGUGGGCGGGAGCCACCCGCAGCCCAGGAUGGGGAGCUUGCCGCACUCCGAGUGAAGGAGGACUGUGCCCUGCAGCUGAUGCUGGCCCGGAGCAGGUUUUUAGAGGAACGUAAAGAGAUCACCGAGAAAUUCAGUGCAGAGCAAGAUGCCUUCCUGCGGGAGGCUCAGGAGCAGCACGCCCGGGAGCUGCAGCUCCUCCAGGAGAAACACCAGCAGCGGCUUCUGUCGGUGACAGCAGAGCUCGAGGCCAGACACCAGGCCGCGCUGGCCGAGCUGACAGCCUCCUUAGAAAACAAGCAGGGGGCUCUGCUGGCUGCACGUGUGGCUGAACUGCAGACAAAACAUGCUGCGGACCUCAGCGCUCUGGAGACCAGACAUCUGUCAAGCCUGGAUUCUUUGGAAUCCUGUUACCUGUCUGAAAUUCAGACCAUCCGUGAGGAGCACAGGCGGGCCCUAGAGCUCUUACGAGCAGACUUUGAGGAGCAACUGCGGAAAAAGGACUCUCUUCACCGAACGAUUUUGACUCAAGAGUUGGAGAAACUGAAGGAGAAACAUGACAGGGAGCUGCAGUCUCUGCGGGACGACCUGCGAGCCCAAACAAGCCCGGAGCUCGCUAGGACUGUGGCCUACCAGCUGCAGGGAGCCCACCAGGGUGAAUUUGGAAGUGAAAAGAAAGCUACAUUGCCUGAAAAAGAAGAGACACAUAGGCUCCAGAGUGCACAGGCACAGCCUUUUCACCAAGAGGAGAAAGAGUCUUUGUCUCUGCAGCUUCAAAAGAAGAAUCACCAAGUCCAGCAGCUGAAAGACCAGGUUUUCUCCUUGAGUCGUGAGAUAGAAGAGUGCCGUGCUGAGCUGGAGGCGCUGCAGCAGAGGCGGGAGCGGGAGAACCAGGAAGGUGCAAACCUUCUCUCCAUGCUCAAGGCCGACGCCGACCUGUCCCACAGCGAGAGAGGGGCCCUCCAGGAUGCCCUGCGCAGGCUGCUGGGUUUGUUUGGAGAGACGCUGAGGGCAGCCAUCACCCUAAGGAGCCGGAUUGGGGAGCGUGUGGGACUCUGUCUGGACGACACGGGCACAGGCCUGGCCCUGUUGGCAGCUCCGGCGCUGGAGGAGACGUGGUCUGACGCAGCCCUGCCGGAGUUGGACAGAACCCUGUCUGAAUGUGCAGAGAUGUCUUCCGCGGCUGAGAUUAGCAGCCACAUGCGUGAAAGCUUUCUCAUGAGCCCAGAAAGUGUGCGGGAAUGUGAGCAGCCCAUCCGGAGGGUCUUCCAGAGCCUCAGCCUGGCCGUGGAUGGACUGCUGGAGAUGGCCCUGGACUCUAGCAGGCAGUUGGAAGAAGCACGCCAAAUUCAUUCUCGUUUUGAAAAAGAAUUUAGUUUUAAAAAUGAAGAGACGGCACAGGUUGUCAGGAAGCACCAGGAGCUGCUGGAGUGCUUGAAGGAGGAGAAUGCAGCAAAGGCAGAGCUGACACUGGAGCUGCACAAGACGCAGGGUACCCUCGAGGGAUUCAAGGUAGAGACUGCGGAUCUGCAGAAGGCGCUGGCCGCGAAGGAGGAUUCCGAGCACCGCCUGGUCUUGGAGCUAGAGAGCCUGAGGCAGCAGCUGCAGCAGGCGGAGCAGGAGCAGGCGGCACUGAGGGAGGAGUGUGCCUGUCUGUCGAGCCAGGGGGAGGCCGCAGCCGCGGACGCUGAGGCCAGAGAAACUGCUCUCCGGAAGGAAGUGGAGGAUCUGGUCACAGAACAGUCGGAGACCAAGAAGCAGGCUGAGAAGGACCGCUCAGCCCUGCUCGCCCAGAUGAAGAUUUUGGAAUUGGAGUUGGAAGAACAGCUGUCUCAGCAUCUCGGGUGUGCCAAGCAGGCAGAGGCUGUCACCGCCCUGGAACAACAGGUGGCGUCUCUGGACAAGCAUUUGCGCAGCCAGCGGCAAUUCAUGGAUGAGCAGGCUGCCGAGCGGGAGCACGAGCGUGAGGAGUUCCAGCAGGAGAUUCGGAGGCUGGAGGGGCAGCUCCGCCAGGCGGCCAGGCCGCAGCCCUGGGGCACUCAUGACAGCCAGCAGGCGCCGCUGGAUGGAGAGGUUGAGUUGUUACAACAAAAGUUGAGAGAAAAGUCGGAUGGAUUUAAUGAAUUGGCUCUACAGAAAGAGUCGGCAGAUAGACAAGUAUCAAUGCAGGAAGACGAGAUUAAACGUCUGGAGGAGAUGAACGUCCACAUCAGAAAAAAAGUGGCCCAGCUCCAGGAAGAAUUGGAAAACCAGAAAAACAUUGUGAAAGAGUUGGAACAAGAUAAAGAGGCGCUAAAGGACCAGCAGAUGAGUAGCUUGCUUCUGGCGUCCACGUUGCAGUCUACGCUGGAUGCAGGCAGAUAUCUUCAGCCUCCUUCAGGCAGCCCUCCGCAGGGUCCAGAAGCCCCAUUAGAGGUGACACAGAGCGCACUCCUACAGCGAGAGAGCGAGGUUUUGGACUUAAAAGAACAGCUUGAAAAGAUUGAAGGUGACUUAGUAAGUAAGAAUGAAGAAAUACUGCACCUGAACCUAAAAUUAAACAUGCAGAACAACCAGACUGCCGUCAGCCUCAGAGAACUUCAGGAAGAGAACACGAGCUUGAAGGCAUUUCUGCACAACAAAGAGGAAGAGAUACUGCGUGUGAGCCAGCAGCUGCAGGCACAGCAGGAUGGGAUGGCAAGCCACGCUCUGGAUGAGGUCACAUAUACCAGAAGCUCUGAGAUUGAAGAGCUGAAAGCCACUAUCGAAAAUCUGCAGGAGAACCAAAAACGAUUACAAAAGGAGAAAGCAGAAGAAAUUGAACAACUCCAUGAAGUCAUUGAGAAGCUGCAGCAGGAGCUGUCCCUCAUGGGGCCCGAGUUGCACGAAGUCAGCCACAGUCAGGCUGGCAGUCUGCAGAGUGAGCUGCUCUGCUCCCAGGCUGGGGGCCCUGUCGGGCAGGCGCUGCAGGGCAGGCUCGAGGCUGCGCUUGAAGCCAAGGAUGCCAUGAGCCGGCUGCUGGCUGAGCAGGAGCACCGGUACAGCCAGGCCCUGCAGGCCCUGCAGCGGCGCCUCCAGGGUGCAGAGGAGGCUGCGGAGCGGCAGCUGGCUGAGCUGGAGCGCAGUGCAGCUCUCAGGGAAGCUGAGGCCGAAGGCAUGGCCUCCAGGAUCCAGGAGUUUGAAGCAGCGCUGAGAGCGAAGGAAGUGAUGAUUGCCGAGAGGGAUUUAGAAAUCCACGCUCUGAACCAGCGGAAGGUGGCCCACUCUGCUGAGCUGGAGGCCAUCCUGUCAGCCUUGGCCCACCUCCGCCGCGCCCUGGAGCAGCAGCCCCUGACAGCCCUGGCGGAGCCCCCCGAGCUGCAGCGGCUCCGAGCACAGUGCGCCCAUCUCGGCCGCCAGCUGCAGGUGCUGCACCAGCGGUUCCUGAGGUGCUGGGUGGAGCUGGACAAGCAGCAGGCCUGCGGCGCCGCAGCUCACACUGGGGUGCCCGGGGUGCACCCGCAGCCUUGCGCGGACGGUGACGUGGAGGCCGCCCAUGAUGCUGCCUUGGAGCCAGCUGUCCCCAACCCACGGGGUGAUCUGCAGCCCAUCCUGGUGACGUUGAAGGACACACCUCUCUGCAAGCAAGAAGGCAUGAUGUCGGUGCUCAGCGUCUGUCAGAGGCAGCUGCAGGCGGAGCUGCUCUUGGUGAAAAAUGAAAUGUGCCUGAGUCUGGAGGAUGGCGGCAAGAGUCAGGAAAAGGUGCCGGAAGAUUGUCAGCUGCCAAAGGGCGACCUUAUAGCUCAGGUGAAAAGACUCCAGGAAAAAUUGAGCUGUUUGCUGGAUUCCAUGACUUUCCAGGACGUGGACGCUGCUGACAUGAAAUCUCCACGGCUUGUGGCCUCUGCACACCUGCUGGAGAGCCACUGGAGUGAUGAUUCCCAUGAUGGCGAAGAGCCAGACAGAUCAGCCCCUGUCAAUGUGUGUGAUGCCAGUACAGCCACAGGGGAGCUAACUGAUGUCAUCAAAAAUCAGGGUUCUUUGAUACCAGAUGAAGUGCCAGAUUCUCCCAUUCAAGAAAAAUCAGAAUGUCAGGACGGGCCCCGUUCUUCACCCACCAGCCUGCUUGGCAGCCUCCACCUCCGGAGCCGUGCAAUGGAGGCCAGGCCCCCGAAGAGCCCGGUCAGGAUGUUGGACCUGUCUUCCUGGAGCUCCCCUGAGGUUCUCAGGAAGGACUGGACCUUGGAGCCCCAGCCAAGCCUCCCUCUGACGCCCCACUCAGGCGCCCUAAGCCUAUGUAGUGCUGACACCUCCCCGCGGGACAGGGCGGACGCCUCGCUGCUGCAGGCCCAGGGGCCGGGGCUGCUUUGUUACCCAAGCGUGUCCGCAGCAGCGCUGGCCCCGAAGUGGGCCGGGUCUCCGCCAGAUGACCUCCAUGUGGAGAGGGUGGCUGUGGAGAAAGAUGUGGAAGAUUUUAUAACAUCUUUUGAUCCUCAAGAAACGUUAAGUUCACCUCCUCCUGGAUUAAAAGGAAAGACCGACGGAAGUGAGAAAAGUGAUGGCUCAGGUUUUGGAGCAAAACUGAGCCCAGGGUCCGGAGGCCUUGAGGCUCACACUGCUGGUCCUGUGACCCCUGCUCCCAUCUCUGGAAGGUUUCAGCCACUGCCGGAAGCCAUGAAGGAGAAGGAAGUCCAUCCGAAGCACAUGAAGGCUUUGCUGCAGAUGGUGCGUGAUGAGAGCCACCAGAUCCUGGCGCUGUCAGAAGGCCUCAUGCCCCCCAGUGCUCUGGGCACAGGCGAGCCACACCCAGCCUGGAAGGGAAACGAGGGAGACCUGCAGGAAAAGUCACUGGAGCAUCUUCACCUGCUGGACCGGAGCAGCCUGCUGUCUGAGAUCCAGGCUCUGCGUGCCCAGCUGCGCAUGACGCACCUGCAGAACCAGGAGAAGCUGCAGCACCUGCACAUGGCGCUGACCAGCGCGGAGGCGUGUGGGAGCCAGCAGGAGCACCAGCUGCGCAGGCAGGUUGAACUGCUGACCUAUAAAGUAGAGCAGGAGAAGUCCAUUGCAGGCGACUUGCAGAAGACGCUGAGAGAAGAGGAGGAGAAAGCACACGGCCUGCAGAAGCUCCUGGCAGCUGAGCAGAGUGCCGUGCGGGAUUUGAAGUCUGAGCUCUGCGGGUGCAGGCAGGAGAGCGAGCGGCUGUCCGGCUCCCUCCACGAGGUGCAGCAGGAGGUCCUCCAGCUGAGAUCCGUGCUGAGCAGUAAGGAGAACGAGCUGAAGGCCGUGCGUCAGGAGCUGGAGAGCGAGCAGGGGAAGGGGCGUGCCCUGCAGAGCCAGCUGGAGGAGGAGCAGCUGCGGCACCUGCAGAGGGAGGACCAGAAUGCCAAGGCCCUGGAGGAGCUGCGGGCAUCUUUGGAGACGCAGCGUGCCCAGAGCAGUCGACUCUGUGUGGCACUGAAACACGAGCAGGUGGCCAAGGACAACCUGCAGAAGGAGCUGCGCAUCGAGCACUCACGCUGCGAGGCCUUGUUGGCCCAGGAGCGGACCCAGCUCUCCGAGCUGCAGAAGGACCUGGCGGCUGAGAAGAGCCGCACCCUGGAGCUGUCGGAGGCCUUGCGGCAUGAGCGGCUGCUGACCGAGCGGCUGAGCCAGAGGACACAGGAGGCUUGCGCGCAGCAGGACACACAGUCACAGCACGCUCUGCUGCGGAAGCUGAGGGAGGAGAAGUCCCGUGUGGUGGACUUGCAGGCCAUGCUCGAAAAGCUGCAGCAGCAGGCCGUGCGCUCGCAGCAGCAGCUUGAGGCCGAGGCUCAGAAGCACUAUGAGGAGCUGAGGAGAGAGAAGGAGCGUGAAUUAGAACUGCAGCGUCAGCGUGACUUGCAUAAGAUUAAGCAGCUUCAGCAGAUGGUGAGAGACCUGGAGUCGAAGGAUGGGGCACCUGGUGGCCGCCUCCACCCAGAUUCUGCUCGCGGGGCUGCCAGCUCGGACGUGGACCACCUCCGGGAACAGCAGCGAGAGCUGGAGGCCAUGAGGCAGCGGCUGCUCUGUGCUGUGGGGCUCCUCACCAGCUUCACCAGCCAGGCCGUGGGCAGGACAAUUAAUGAUUGGACAUCAUCCAAUGAGAAGGCAGUGGCAUCUUUACUGCACACAUUGGACGAGCUGAAGUCUGAGUUGAGCAGGCCCACCUCCUCCCAGAAAAAAAUGGCAGCAGAGCUGCAGCUCCAGUUCGUGGACGUCCUGCUGAAAGACAACGUUUCCCUUACCAAAGCCCUCAGCACAGUGACCCGGGAGAAGCUGGAGCUGAGCAGGGCGGUGGCAAAGCUUGAGAAGAUGCUGAAGCAUCACCUGCAGAAGGGCUGCACCCCGAGUAGGCCGGACAGGUCGGCUUGGAAGCCAGACGAAACGGUUCCAGAGAGUUCCCUGAGGCGCCCAGACCCUGGCUGGCUUCCACCAGCUGCCAGCGGGGAAGCCAACACCAGCAACGUCAAGAUGGAAAAAUUAUACCUACAUUAUUUGAGAGCAGAGAGCUUUAGAAAAGCUCUGAUUUAUCAAAAGAAGUAUCUUUUGCUGUUGAUUGGUGGAUUCCAGGAUUCUGAACAAGAAACACUCUCCAUGAUUGCCCAUUUGGGGGUAUUUCCUUCCAAAGCAGAGCGGAAGAUCAUGUCUCGUCCCUUCACCAAGUUCCGCACGGCUGUCAGGGUGGUCAUCGCGAUAUUAAGAUUGCGUUUUUUGGUUAAGAAAUGGCAAGAAGUAGAUCGGAAAGGAGCCCUGGCACAAGGCAGAGCCCCUCGCCCAGGACCCCGAACCCGACGGCCACAGCAGUCUCCACCCAGAACCAGAGAGUCCCCCCCAACCCGGGAUGUGCCCUUGGGCCACGCCAGGGACCCCGCCAGAGGCCAUGGACUGGCAGGAGCAGCCUCCCCGCACAGUGGGGGAAGGGCCACUCCAUCCCCAAAUUCAAGAUUAGAAAGAUCUCUGACCACUUCUCAAGAUCCAGAACAUUCCUUGACAGAGUAUAUUCACCAUUUAGAAGUGAUCCAGCAAAGGCUCAGCGGGGCGAUAGCAGAUUCUAUUUCAAAGAAAUCCUGCCACCAGAAGAUUAAACAGUGAAUAAAAUCCUGUGGCUCUUAACCUGUGACAAUUCUGUUUGAGGAAAAGAUUUGUUUUUCCCUUUUCCCACAGAAGCUCAUGGGAUGGCAUGGGCACUACUCUGCACGUGCCAUGACACCAGCCCCCAGAUGCCUUGAAUUAAGUACUUGUCCUCACCUUGAUGCAUGGCUGCACAGCCAGUUGGAGUGUUUUCCGUGGAACCCUUCGUGUGUUUCAGGCACGUGACCUUCGUGAGGUAACACGACGCUGGCUGUGCUGCCGUGUGCCUGUCAGCAGACCCAUCCUUCCUGCCUCCAGGAUGGACCCAUAGAGAAGCUUCCUGUUGUUGUGUUUAUUUUCUUAAAGUGUACAGAUGGAAACUUCACUUAAAAAUAAGAACAAAACAACCCAAAAGGAAUAAAAUUUAAUCACUGUUUUGUUUAUGAAUA